UGAAUCUGAAAUCUGUGUUAACGUCAACUGUCUAAUUCUGAUAAAAAGUUUGACUGCUGUUGUUUGCGCCUUAUUUCAUGUUAUCAGUGUAACUAUUUCCAAAAUGCAGUGAAUACAUAAAUGAGAGCGUUGACUUCUUAUUUACGGGAAGAAUUACUGCGACAAAAAUUUGUUUGUGAUUGUAUAUUAUGUCUCAAGCGACUGACGAAAUAGCUGACAUAGCAAUGACAAGCACAGAGCCAGACUCCUCACAAAAUCAUACACAUGAAGCUACAUCAAGCUUAAGUGCAGAUGAUGCAUCAUCAAGCAAUGCCGGGACUCCUGCAGGCAGUGAAGGACAGGCUUCCCGGCAGUCUAACCUACAAAGGAUACAACAAAGAAAACAACAAGUUUUCAACUGGCCCCAUAAUAAAAAACUACUCAAACUAGCUAUAUAUUCAGCCUGUCAGACACCAGAUUGUAACUGCAAUGGAUGGAAGACUCCAGUAACACAGCAUGCGGGCAAGACUCCUCGGGCUGAUAAUCAGCCCCUUGCCAGCUUCAAUGACGUGUGUAGAAACUGCAACCAUGUAUUAGAGAAACAUGUAAGUCAGCUACAAGGUUUGCCUGUAGCAGAAGUGAAUAGGCUGCUCGGUGCUGUUGUAGACGUAGAGAACAUAUUUAUGUCGAUGCAAAGAGAAGAUGACCACAACACUAAACAAGUUUACUACUAUUUAUUUAAGAUACUUCGUAAAUGCAUCUUAACGCGUUCCCAGCCUCGGAUCGAGGGACCACUGGGACAACCUCCAUUCGAAAGGCCUUCCAUAGCUAAAGCAAUAACAAACUUCGUUCUCUACAAGUUCAAUUCAUUACCACAAAGGGAAUGGCAAACAAUGUACGAUUUGGCCAAGAUGUUCCUUCACUGUUUCAAUCAUUGGAAUUUUGAAACGCCCAGCGUCAGGAAGCUGCAAGUUUCAAACCCUGAAGAUAUAUCAGCCUACCAGAUUAAUUAUACGAGAUGGCUCGUGUUCUGCCACGUGCCCGCGUUCUGCGACUCGCUGCCCCACUACGACACGUCGCUGGUGUUCGGACGGACGCUGCUGCGCGCCGUGUUCAAGUCCGUGUGCCGCCAGCUCAUGGACAAGUGCCACUUGGAGAGGGACAGAAUGCCGCCAGAGAAAAGGGUACUGGUUCUGACCCACUUCCCUCGGUUCCUGGCUCUAUUGGAAGAAGAAAUAUUUAGUCCAAACUCUCCGAUCUGGGACCCGGACUACAAGCAAGUGCCGCCUAAUCAUUUACAAGCGAUGCUGGAUAAUAAAACUUCAAGUCGUCGUGUCGGUGAAUUUGAACGAGUUACGGCAUCCGGAGACAGUAAGGAUGGGUUCACGACGGUUACACUGUCAUCUGGUUCGAUAAAGCAGGAGGGCGUGAAGCGUGCGGGCGUGAGUGUGAGCGGGACGGGCGGCAAGCGGCGCCGCGUGUGCUCUGAGGGCAGCGAUGACGUCAGCCAGCGCACGGUGGCCGACAUCGUGGCGACUAUCUCCGACCCCAACUACAUGUGCGGACCGGACGCAUUAUUCCAAACGCAAGCACCGCGCGACGAGGCGGCCAAAAUCGAAGAACAAAGAAAAUUAAUAGAGUUCCAUGUGAUCGGCAACUCUCUGACUGGGCCCGUCAACAAACAGACAAUGCUAUGGUUGAUCGGUCUCCACAACGUUUUCUCCCACCAACUACCGGAAAUGACUAAAGAAUACAUAUCGCAAUUAGUGUUCGAUCCGAAACACAAGACAUUGGCUCUGAUCAAAGAAGGCAGGCCGAUUGGUGGCAUCUGCUUCAGGACAUUCCAUUCGCAAGGCUUCAGCGAGAUAGUAUUCUGUGCGGUCACGUCCAACGAACAAGUGAAAGGAUACGGCACUCACCUCAUGAACCACCUCAAGGAUUACCACAUCCGAAACAAUAUACUGCACUUCCUUACCUUCGCUGAUGAAUUUGCAAUAGGCUACUUCAAGAAGCAGGGUUUCAGUAAAGACAUUAAGCUGCCGAGGGCGAUGUACCAAGGAUACAUAAAGGACUACGAGGGAGCAACCCUCAUGCACUGCGAAUUGAACCCUAGAAUAGUAUACACACAGUUCACUUCGGUUAUUAGGAUGCAGAAAGAGAUCGUAAAGAAACUUAUAGAUAUGCGACAGAAGGAAGUUAGAAAAAUUUAUCCCGGCCUCACUUGCUUCAAGGAAGGUGUCCGCAGCCUCCCCCCGGAGUGCAUCCCCGGGGCGCGCGAGGCAGGGUGGCGCGCCCCCCCGCCCCCGCACGACCCCGACCCCGACCCCGUCACCCUGCGGAACGUGCUGCACGCAGUAAAGAACCACGCGACGGCCUGGCCGUUCCUGAAGCCGGUCGACAAGGCGGAGGUGCCGGACUACUACGAUCACAUCAAGUAUCCGAUGGACUUGCGCACGAUGGGGGAACGUCUCAAAGCGCGCUACUACGUGUCCAAGCGGCUGUUCAUAGCGGACAUGACCCGGAUAUUCAACAACUGCAGACUCUACAACUCGCCCGACACCGACUACUACAGGUGCGCGAACACACUUGAGAAAUAUUUCCAAACUAAAAUGAAAGAGGUCGGACUGUGGGAUAAAUGAUCGAAGUUUAAUUUCGACGAGUACUUUGUGGGCGAACUCACGGGUGCUCACGAAAUGUACGAACUGCCUGAAGCCACCGUAGAGAGUACGUAAAUUUAAGAAUUCACUCACAAAUAUAACAUAUAAUAAACUCGAAAUAUGAAACAGUGUUUAGAAUCAGGUGCCGUUAAAUAAUUUAAUCUAAAACUCAAGAACUCCAAGAAACACAUGAAUCUAUAGAAAAAUUAUUUUUUUAAAGUAAAUACGAUUAUAUAAAUAAAUAAAUAUGCCUCUAUGUCUAGAAAAUUAAGUAAUUUGGUGUAUAUAGUUAGUAUUACGUACGUAUAUCAAAGGUUUAAAAUUUAUAUUUUGUAUAAUGUAGUAGAUAACUCCUCAAUUAACCAAUAGCUACUUUAAAACAAAAUUCUUCGGCUAAGUUCAAUAUAAAUAAUUAUUGUUGUUUUAGUAAUUUUAGUUAUGUCUUAAAUCCGCAAUGUAAAGCGAACGCAGCGUCACUUGAGGUCAUUGACCGCGGGCGACAGCUGAUUUUUAUUUACGAUACAUUGAAUCGCGGUUUUCGUGUUUUUAUUACGAUUAUAUAAGCAAUCACGAACAAUUAGUUCCAUUGCAUCUUCAAUCCACGUUCAGCCUUUGCAUAAUUGUCUGAUUUAAUAUAGGCCGAUGGACUUAGUAUUGGUUAACCGAUAAUCUAACUACGUAAGUUUUUACAAUGUAAAAAAAAAGUUUUGCUAUUGUACUUAAAAACUUACUACAUACUGCCAAUUAUUAAUAUAAAACAUAUUUUACAGAAUUUUUCAAUAAUAGUUUCGAAACAUCUAUGUAAGAAUCGUAGUAGCAACAUUAAUAUUAUAUAAUUUGAAUCUACAAACAAACUAAAUGAUUAGGAUAUUAAAAAUAUUAAGAGUACUAGUAUGAAUCUUAAAUUAUUUUAAAAAUAGCACGUAUUUACCUAUACUUGUGUAUAGUAAGUAUAAUCUGUACGUAAUACCGCGUGCAACAAAAAAAUUUCGUGAACAGAUAACCGUGGAGCUAACAAGUUGCGAUAAUAAAAAAAAGUGUGUGUGUCCGCUCCGACGCACGACUGGAGUUUACUGGAUAUAAAAAAUUAAACGAAACAAUACGAGAAAUAGUUCUAUAUUACGACAACACGAUACACUACAGAUUAUUAACAAAUUAACGAGACACAAAACAAACGACUAACAAAUAUAUGAAAAUACAAUAAUGAGAGAAACGCGCGAUCAGUACGAGGCUUUGUGGCGGACUGCCGGCGCAGCAGCCCGGCGUCACCUGCUAUAACGCGGCCGCGCGUUGGCUCCUGAUUGGCGCGCGCACGCAUCACGCAAUCAGGAGCCAAUCAGGCGCAUAACGCAUUUCGUGUGACAUGCUAGUACGAUUUUGGUCCCCAUAAUUUUCAUACCCCGGGCCUAUAUAUGUAAAUCGAUUCUAAAGGAGUAAACUCCAAAAAAAAAUAGGCGACCAUCAGACUCGGGGCAGAUGUAAGGCAUGUGUAUAACUAAUUAAAACUAUUAUAAAAUUGUGGAGUGAAAACAAAUUAAAAAGAAAUAAAAAACGGUGCGCGUGCAACUUGGUGCACGUGAAUGAAGUGAAACUUCUUUUUCGAUGUGUAGUAUUGUGGUUUUCUUCAUUUCUCAUUCUUAAAUCAUUGCUCUUGUAAUAGGGAAUGCUGUGUAUAAAACAUGCGACGUCUUCAACAUUUAUAUUAUAUAUAUUUUAAAUGAUAGAUAAAAUAUAUAUAUAUACUUUUUUAAAUACUUCAUUAUGAUAUUAGACGCUACUCGUCGCUAACGCUCGCGCUGGCCUGUAACAGGUAUACUACGCGCCUGCGUUCGAGUUCCACGCUUUCACUCUCGCUCUGUCUCUUUCUAGUAUGGUAGCGUUAAACGUUUAACGCAACCUUGUUGAAAGUCGCAUUAGAAGUUUCACUACAAAAAACGAAAAAGGCAUAUGAGGUAAACCACUCACACAAUUAAGCAACAGUGUUGAGUACGCGCACGCACACACGCCAGUCGCGGGCGCGUGGAGGGAGCGAGACGGCAUGAGAGAGUGUCAUGCCGCUUCCCUCACCGUUCGAUAUUGCUGUCGACAAGACGCGCUUCAUAUCGAAAUUGCACACAAAAAUGUAUCGAUAUAUAAAAAUCGAUAAUAAUUAAGCGCCAAUUUAAGACUCAUAGAAAUAAUACAGUUUAGUAGGUAUUAUUCGUAAUAUAAUCACAAUUGUUAUUCGUAUUUAAAUGGAGGUCGGUUUUUAAUAUGCUACUUUCUACGUGUGACUUCUGUAUUUCGUGUGUGACGGUAUUGUUUUUUUUUGUAUUCUCUAUUCGCCGGUGGAGUUCAAAGACGCCGACACGCGUCACUAGCGAUCGAGAGGAUCUAACAAAACAAUAUUAACAUUUAGUUUGUAAUUGAUUUUUUAUUUUAUUUAGUUCUUUAAGUUUUAAGGAGAGAUCGAAGAAGAAUGUGAUGAUGUUUAAUUGUUCGAACGUUAAAAGCAUUAAAGACUGCUGAAUGCGGUACGAGAGGCCGUGUCCUUUGUUUUGUAUGUGAUAAUUCUUUGGUAAAAUUAUGAAAUUAAAUAUGUUUUUUUUUUAUGUGUAGUAAUUAAUCUCUAAGUUUAAUUCAUAACGUUUUGAAUGUAUUGUAUGAUUUUCUUUGACGCAAGAGAUUGUUAGUUCAACGUUUAAAAAUCAAUAAUUGCUUACUCAAACUAAAUUUUUCCACAGCAGAGUGUGUAGUAGUAGAAGUAUGUAACUCUAUUAUUAUUUUUAUUAUGUUUUACUAAUUUUAUAACAUUCGUAACAAAAAUUUAAGUACAUUUAGAAAAGAAAAAGCGUUGUGUGAAAUCGCCCACAAGUAAACGCUAGUUUUUUCGUCAUCUAAAAAUUUUGAUACUUUACCUGGUAAUGAAUGGAUAAUAAAAUUUUGAAGUGUAAUGUAUCUUUACGAGAUAUUAAAUUUUUGUACCUAA